AUGCUGAAGUACACAUUUCUUGCGUUCUGCUUAUUUUUUGUGUAUUAUCCUAAUGGAAUCCUAUCGGACACUGCGGAUCAGAAUCAUCUGGUGAAGCCAUUGCUGGAUAUGAUGGUUUCCAUUCAAGAGCAAAUAAAGACCUGCGAAGCCACUCAAAUAAACAACACCAAUACAAGAUUUGACCGGAUUGAAGAGCAGCUAGAAGCAAUGAAGGAAGAGAUACCGCAGAAUUUCGAGAAGAUUGGGUCCAGGUACUUUUACUUUGAGGAGAAUCGUAAAGAGAAUUGGUUCUCGGCAGCAAAUAUCUGUCGGCAAAAGGGCGGAUCUCUGGCCAGUAUCCAAAGUGAUGAGGAGUUCACUGCUAUCAAAAGACAUCCAAAACGCGACCCUAAUGAACACUACUGGUUGGAUAUAAACGACCUGGCCGAAGAGGGGAUGUUCAUGUCCGUAACCACUGGCCAAAUUGCCCCUUUUCUGAUGUGGGCUCAUACUGAACCGAAUAAUCUUGAUAAUCUAGAACACUGCGUUGACCUCUAUUGGCAGCACAUGCACGAUGACUUUUGCCACGAAAAAUACUACUUCUAUAUUUGUCAGUCAGAAAAAUAA